UCCGGCCAUGAGCCCUUUGCUCCUCUGUCAAGAGUGAGAGGUGUGGCUGCUCUCUUUGUUUUAGGAGCUAGACUACCCACAGACAAAGACACACGGUCGGUCAGUAGAGAGGCAUACGAGCACUACAUGGCAGGUGGACACCCAGGGACACAUGUACUGCCAUGGAGACGGACAUUUCCUGCCCCCUCUGGGCAGCUUAUCAAGCAACCGGUUGUCUCACCCCAGCUCUGGAAGGAGCACCUUCUGCUCCAUCAUCGCGCAGCUAACAGAGGAGACCCAGCCGCUGUUCGAGACCACGCUCAAGUCCCGGGCUGUGUCCGAGGACAGCGACGUCAGGUUCACCUGCAUCGUCACAGGAUACCCAGAGCCGGAGGUGACCUGGUACAAGGAUGAUGUCCAGCUAGACCGCUACUGUGGCUUGCCGAAAUACGAGAUCAUGCAUCAGGGCAACCGUCACACGCUGCAGCUCUACAGGUGUCAGGAGGAAGAUGCGGCCAUCUACCAGGCGUCUGCCCGGAACACCAAGGGCAUCGUGUCCUGCUCAGGGGUCCUGGAGGUUGGCACCAUGACCGAGUACAAGAUCCACCAGCGCUGGUUCGCCAAGCUGAAGCGCAAGGCUGCGGCAAAGUUGCGGGAGAUCGAGCAGAGCUGGAAGCCCAGGAAGGAGGUGGCGGGAGAUGCCGACACCCUGCGGAAGCUCAGCCCCGACCGCUUCCAGCGGAAGCGGCGGCUGAGCGGGGCCGAGGUGCCUGCGCCCCCGGGCCCGACCGAGGAGGCUGAGGACAGGACCCCGGCGGCGUGGCAGGUGGAAGAGACCGAGCCUGGUGGGCACCCCGGUUUGGGGCUGAUCAACAGCUUUGUGCCCGGAGAGGUGACCACCAACGGGGAGGCUGUCCCGGAGAACGGGGAGGAUGGGGAGCACGGCCUGUUGACGUACAUCUAUGAGGCCAUGGAGCUGGCGCCUCAGAGAGCCCCCCAGAAGGAGUCUGGGGCCAAGAAGAAAAAGAAAGACGAGGAACCUAAGCAAGGUCUGCGGAAGCCAGAGUUAGAGAAGGCAGCUCGAAGCCACCGUUCUUCUGAAAACCGUGCCCCGAGUUCAGACAAGCCUGAGCCCCCGGGGACACAGGGGCCCGUGAAUGUGGAGCAGGUUCAGACCCGGCCCGGAGGCAGGGCUGCACGGGGGCCUGCGUCCUCGGGAGUGGAUGGCCCCAGGAAGCCAGACGCGGCUGUGGGCACUCCGGACCGGGCCCAGAAGGCCCCCGCCCCAGGCACAGACCGGGAAGCGUAUUUCUCCCUGAAGGACAUGUAUCUGGAGAGCACCCGGGGGGGCACUCAGGGGAAGGAGGGGCCCCAGACCCCAAGUGGCCGGGCACCCGGAGAGACGUCCUCGGGGAAGGUACCCAGCGAGGCCGGGGGUGAAAGGGGGCCUGCUGCCCCUGGCCAGCCCCCAUCCUCAGCCCCCCAGCCGACUAGGCCUUUCAACAGGAGGAGAUUUGCUCCGCCAAAGCCCAAAGAGGAGCCUGCCACCGACAGCAUGCCCGAUUCUUCGCUGGGCCAGGCUCCAGAACCCUUAGGCAAGGCCUCACCUCAGGCCUCUGCCCAAGUGCCCACACCCCCUGCCCGGCGGAGACACGGCACCCGGGACAGCCCCCUGCAGGGGCGAGGAGGCCACAGGACUCCAGGAGAGGUCCCGGAAUCCCAGGCAAACCCGGCUCCUACCAUGCUGGCCAGUCACAGCGCCAGUACGGUCUCCUCCAGAAGCCAGGGCGUCAUCGAGCCCAUGGACACAGAGACCCGGGCGGAUCAGAGGAUGACAUCUGCUGACCAGCAAGCCGGAGGCAAGAAGAAUACAGAGGCGGACGGGAGGAGGCAGGUGGCUAGGAGGACCCAGGGAGACAGAACACAAACGACCCAGAGGACACAGGCAGAUAGGGAGCCACAGGUGGACACUGAGCCACGAGACGGUGAGAGGACGGCGUCAGCCAGGAGUUCCCAGGAGGAUGUGGUGGCACAGGGAAGGGAAGGAACGCGGGUGGAAAGGACGCAGGCAGACGAGAGGACGCGGGAAGAGAGAGGGAUCCAGGAAGACAAGGGGACACGGUCAGAGGGGAGCAUGUCCGCAGCCAUAAAAGGUCAGUCAGAGAAGGGAUCCGUGACCAGCCUCAGCCCACAGUCCAGAGCCCCUGAACGCCCACCUUCAGAGGGUCCGCAGCCUCCCCAGAUUAUUGAGUGUUUUGAACAGACCCCAGAAGGGUCCCCUGUCCCAGAAGAACCUGGUCUUGUGCUCAGAUCUGAGGAGACGGCUGUGCCGGGUGCCCCAGCAGGUGGCCCCAAGCUCCCAGCACAGCAGCCUCCCCAGGGGGGGUUGGAGCAGCGGGGAGGGGUGAGAUGCCAAGGGCCCGAGUGGUCGGGCCCGGUCAAGGGCAAGCCAGAGGAUGGUCUCAUCCCGUGCCCCACGGAGGAGCAGCCGGGGGCAGUGGAUGUGGGUGGCUGUCCUCCGGCUGGCAGGAGCCCAGAGGCGCCCACUCUGCCCUCUGUCCCGGGGCCGGGCCUGACCCAGAGCUCUCAGGAGGCACGGCCCAGCACUCCGACCUCUCAGCACAUAAGUGCCACUGCCUUCCCGCCCUCUGGGGACCAGGCCUUGCUGAGGUCAGCCCCGCCACUGCACCUGGGGCCAGGGACCCCCGCCCAGAGUCACCCACGAGCAACCGCGGCAGCCGACAGCGAGGGGGCCUGCGCCCAGGGGCCAGAUGUGGAGGGGAGGCCCCCAGGACCCCGCGGCUGCGACCCUGGCCUCAUAGACUCCCUGAAGAACUACUUGCUCCUGCUGCUGAAGCUAUCCAGCACAGAGACGGGGGGCGGGGGCGCAGAGUCCCAGGAGGGGGCUGCCAGCGGGGCUCCGGUGCCCUCAGCCACUCUGGUCCCCAACGUGGAAGUGGCCGGUCUGAGCCCCAGGACGUCCAGGCGCAUCCUGGAGCGCGUGGAGAACAACCAUCUCGUGCAGAGCGCACAGACCCUGCUGCUGAGCCCCUGCACCUCCCGCCGCCUCACCGGCCUCCUGGACCGCGAGGUGCAGGCCGGCCGCCGGGCCCUGGCCGCAGCCCGGGGCCCUGCGCCCGGCACCCUCACCGUCCCUGCCAUCGUGGUGGGCGAGGAGGAGGGCCCUGGGCUGGCCUCAGAAGGAUCCAGUGAGGGCGAGGGAGAGGUUUCCCUCGAGGGGCCUGGGCUCCUGGGGACGUCCCAGGAGAGCAGCAUGGGGGGGCCGCUGGCGGAGGCAGGUGGGCACACGGCCUCUGGUCAGGGACCACUCUCAGCAGACAGAGGGGCCCAGGAAGCCUUCCGAGAGGAGGAGGCCCCAGGGGAGGCUCUGACAGGUCUCCCUGCAGCCACACCCGAGGAACUAGCUCUGGGGGCCCGGAGGAAGAGAUUUCUCCCCAAGGUCAGAGCGGUAGGAGAUGGGGAGGCGGCCAAACCUGAAGAAAGGGAGAGCCCCACAGUCUCCCCCCGGGGGCUCAGGAAGGGCCUCGCGCCCGGGUCCCCGGGGACUCCCGGGCGGGAGAAACGCUCCCCUACCCAGGGCAGGAAGGCAGGCAUGCUGGAGGUGCCGCGGCCCGAGGAGGCCAGCAGCCUGGACGCAGAGCUGGCCCCGGAGGAAGGCAAGCAGGACACCCCGGCCAAAGCCAGGAAAGCCAAAGAGCUGCUAAAAGCCCCACAGGUGAUCCGGAAGAUUCGGGUAGAGCAGUUUCCUGAUGCCUCCGGCAGCCUGAAGCUCUGGUGUCAGUUUUUCAACAUCCUGAGUGACUCCGUCUUGACUUGGGCCAAGGAUCAGCGCCCAGUGGGCGAGGUGGGCAGGAGUGCAGGGGACGAGGGCCCGGCGGCCUUGGCCAUCGUGCAGGCGUCCCCCGUGGACUGCGGCGUGUACCGAUGCACCAUCCACAAUGAGCACGGCUCGGCCUCUACGGACUUCUGCCUCAGCCCCGAGGUGUUGUCAGGAUUCGUCUCCAGAGAAGAAGGCGAAGUUGGAGAGGAGAUUGAGAUGACCCCCAUGGUGUUUGCGAAGGGUCUGGCCGACUCGGGCUGCUGGGGGGACAAACUCUUUGGGCGCCUGGUGAGCGAGGAGCUACGAGGGGGUGGACACGGGUAUGGCCUUCGGAAGGCCUCCCAGGCCAAGGUCAUCUAUGGGCUGGAGCCCAUCUUCGAGUCAGGCCGCACGUGCAUCAUCAAGGUGUCCAGCCUGCUUGUGUUUGGGCCCAGCAGCGAGACUUCUCUCCUGGGCAGAAACUACGACGUCACCAUCCAGGGAUGCAAGAUCCAGAACAUGAGUCGGGAGUACUGCAAGAUCUUUGCGGCCGAAGCCCAGGCGGCACCCGGCUUUGGGGAGGUGCCCGAGAUCCUCCCACUGUAUCUCAUCUACCGGCCCGCAAACAAUAUCCCGUAUGCCACCCUGGAGGAGGAUCUGGGCAAGCCCCUGCAGCCCUACUGCUCGCGGGAAUGGGGCUGCGCCGCGGCUCCGGCCGCGGCUCCGGAGGCACCUAGCAGCUCUGAGGUCAGGCAGAAAUGCCAGACCUUCCAGCACUGGCUCUACCUGUGGACGAACGGCAGCUUCCUCGUCACGGAUCUAGCAGGGGUUGAUUGGAAGAUGACUGAUGUGCAGAUUGCUACCAAACUACGAGGAUACCAAGGCCUCAAGGAGAGCUGCUUCCCGGCCCUGCUGGACCAGUUUGCCUCUUCCCACCAGUGCAACACCUUCUGUGAGAUGCUGGGGCUAAAACCCCUCAAGGGCCCCGAGGCCGCCCACCCUCAAGCCAAGGCCAAAGGCUCCAAGAGUCCAUCUACUGGCAGGAAGGGCGCCCAGCUGAGUCCUCAGCCCCAGAGGAAAGGCCCCCCCAGUCCCCAGGGCACCCGGAAGAAUACUCCAAGCUCCAAGGCCACCCCUCAGGCCUCAGAGGCACUCACCGCCCAGUUACUGGGACAGCCUCCCAUCCAAGAGGGCGGCCUCAAGGCCCAGGGCAUGCGGUAGCCCCCCACGGGAGGCUCGGGGCCUCCGCCCAGCAGCAGACCAACAAGGAAGCAGCUUGAACUGAUGGAGACUUGCCCAAUACGGAACUAACCAGGGAAGGUGCACCGGGGAGGCACCACUCGGGGGCCUCUCUGGGCAGCCUCUCCUCGAUCCGCUCCUCAGCAGACGGCUUUUGUGCGUGGCACCCAGUGGCCUCUCCUGGUGCCAGCGUCACCCGGGGCUCCCAGACCGCAGCCCCAAGUGUCUGGCGGCCCAGGCCCUUCUUGAAGUUUACACUGGCCACUGCCGGAGGCUCCCGAGUCCUCUGCAUGAGCUCUGCACCCAGCCCCCCGCCCUGCCGGACCCUGCGGUGAAUGUUGUACCCUGGGGGCACGCAGGCCAGCCUUUACCCUUCUCCUUUGCUUGGCCCCGAUCUGUCCUCGGGGCUCCAGACUGCCCCAGCCGUGUCUGGCCUGGUGACUCUCUUUCCAGCUACGUGGCUUCAUUCUUCCCAGCUUGUCCUACAACUAACCGGUCACUGAGCCCACGUGGGGCUCAGUGCCCUUCCAGAGCCUGUCGUGUUCCUGUGCCGUGGUCUUUGGUGACGUGUGUUCAUGCCCUUCCUUCUCCCAGCACACAGAUACUCACUCCCCUGAAUCCUCUGCUCCCGCACCCCGAUCUCCAUCUGCAGCUUUGAGCCCUGUCACAGCCCGCCCGUCCUGCCUCUGCUGCCUCCUUGCGCGUCCCCAUGCCCAGGGGCUCCACCAGCCAGAUUCCUCCCCAGCCUCUCCCAGACCCCUUGCCUGUGAGGCGAGAAGUGGCAUGAGGGUUGUGUCAUCGGCUGUGGCCAGAGGGAAGGUGUUGACUUGGAGGGACCUUGUGCUCCAUACGGAAAGGAGACACAGUCACAGUGAAUUUCACAUCCCCUCUAGACCGGGCCGGAGGGCUAGGCUCUUCUCCGGGGGGUGGGGUGGGGGGAACGCCCUUGGGAGUUGCAGGAAGGGCGAAGCCCACCCGCAUGCUGGGGUGGAGGGGAGUCUCUGUGCCUGGGAACUAGGACGUGUGCCCCCAGCCAUUAGCUCUCGAUCCUGGGGCUCCAGCUCUGGGCUUCACGUAGGGGCCCCCAAGGAACUGCUGUGCUCGGCCCAGCACCCUGGGUCCUUCCCGAGGGCCCCUCCUUGAGGCCUGGGGCGGGAUGGGUCUGGUGCUAGUCUGCUCCCCUUGGAAUGCAAUAAAGGCAGCAACUGUGUACCCCGCUUGCCCUUAUCUGGUGUGGUUGUGGGUAUACGGAGUCAGGGUCCCCUCUCCCCAGGCAGGUGCUCUGAGGGGAUCCUGCAGCCCCUGGGCCCUCUGGUAUGAUGAACCCAGGUUUUGGCUCCUGGAUUGACGUUCAGUCUCAGCCUUUUGUGGCCACGGCUAGACAGUCUGUGCAUCUUGCACGACGAGGCUGAUGGCUGUGUCCCUGAACGGGGUCCUGGGGACUGAGGCCUUUGGAAUUGUUCCUUCCUUUGGAAGAGGAACACAAAGGAAGGAACCUAGGAAGGAAGAACAGAGCUGGAGGCCUUGGGGAGAUGCCCAGUGUGUCUGGCUCUCUCCAUGGCAACGAGGCCAGCUCAGGGCACAACCAGCAUCUGCCUCUCAGCCGCUCGCUGACCAUUUCCUGCUUCCCCAGGUGCAGAGACUUCUUGUUCUCAACCCCAUGCCACCACCCAGGCCUUUUCUUGCCUGUCAUUUGUGCCCCUCCGUUUUGACAUUUCUGACCUCUCUACCUCGUCUUGUGCUCAGGUGACUCUCCCCACCUUUUCCUCUUCUCCCAGUGUGCCCCCAACCCUCCCAGUCUGCAUAUCCAGACCGCCUUGGUGAACUGAGAGUUGGAAUAUUAGUCAUUCAUCCAUUCAUUCAACAGACGUACACUGAGCACCUGCUUUGUGCCAGACCCUGAGUUGACCGCUGUUGGAGGCAAAGAUACAUGAGGGGGUAUCAAAGGAGCCUCUUUGCGUUAGGUUUCUUGGAUUUUGCGCCACAGAAAUGGACUCUGACCAACUUAAGCAAGGAGAAGGGGUUUGUGGGAAAGGUGUUGGGGCAGCUCCAAGAACCAAAGGAAUAGCUGAUGAUUGGCUUUGAGGAGUAGCUUCAGAGCUACUCUAUUCACCAACCACCCAUUGGUUCCAAUGGGAUUCCCUUCACGCAAGAUUCAGAUUCCUGUCCUAGAGCUCAGGGCAUCAUGGAGCAGGGCAGUGGCAGUUUCCCAAAGCAUAGGGAUACUUACCAGAAGGAUGGUGGAGAAUGGAAUGGUAGGAAAGGCUUGGUGGCAGCAACAAAGAUACACACACACACACACACACACACACACACUGUUCUUCCCCACCUGAUGUAUCACGACUCUCUCACAUACAGCCAAGAACAAGUUCCUCUCUGCUUGGGGAGACCAUUCAAGGUCACAUCCAAUGACUAAGUCCAAGGGGUAGUGACCAGGGCUACCAUUGUCCCAAGUCCAGCGUCACUAGUGACACUCUUCUCUCUUUUAUAUAAUUCCAUUUUGAAAUUCUGCGACCUGUGGAUUAAGUGGUGAAAGUAACUGUAUUCAACCCAAGUCCUUGGACCCAGCAAGAAAGGAAGCAUGGGUAAAGGCUGCAGUCCAUUUCCAGAAUAGGUCAUGAGAACUAGUGUUCAUGACGAGGGAUGCUUUGCCCGUCGGCGUGACCCAAAACUUCAGAAGUCCAGCUCCUCGGUGGUCCUGCCUGCGUGGUGGGCGUUUAUUUACCAUAGGACCUGGCAGUGGGGGGGGCACCCUAAGACUCACCCCACAUCCACCUGUGCUCCCGCCUCCUUUUAUGUAGCGACAAUAUUUUCCCUCGAUAACAUUAACCAUCUUACGACUCCCACGACCUCUUGUUAUGUGUUCUCAGAGGUUUAAGGAGCCUGAAAUGAUCAGGUGCCUUAGCUUCUAAUUCAGCUUAUUAUUAUGACAUUUUGAGGAUGUGUCUCCUUGGAGACUAAAGCCUCAUCCCAAAGCUCAGGUAUGUGAAGAGUAAUGAGAUGUGGUGACAGCACAUCUCCACCCUGCUUCCCAGCCUGUGAGAGCGACCUAAUACCAUGACUCGGUUGCCAGUUCAGAGCCUAUGCGACAUCCUGCGGGUCUGGCCCAACCUUUCAAGGUAUCAUUUCUCAACCCGGGCCAUCACUGAGUUUUCUGCAAACUAUCUCACCAUAUCAUGAAGCUGACUGCUUCUGGACUGUGGGGACCCUGACAAGAUGAGGGAAUGCCACAGGCAUCAACCCAUUACUUUACUUUUGCUGUAAAGUGCAUCCUUGGGUUGAAUGUACUGUGUGGGGAUACCACAGUGACGUUUACAGCAUUCGAGAAUUCCAUGGGUGAUGACGGUUGGAGAGGCAUGUUGGAGAAGGAAAGUCAAUGCAAAGCCGGAUAUGAAGGACCCAUAGUGGUCAAGACAAACCCUGCCCCCUUGAGGUGAUAGGUAUAGACCGGGGGGGGGGGGGGGCUGAGGAGCAGGGCGGGAGGGGGCAUCGUGGAAGGAUGAGUGAGGCACUCACACACGCGGCCACACUUGUGCCUUCAGAGCAUCCCCUUAAUGAUGGAGUGCUUCUGGACAUGGCUCACUAUGGCUGGGUGCUUCGGAUAACCGGGCUCGUGAGGCCACUUGCUAUGCUGUAGCUGAACAUUUAGGCUGCCCCAGAGCCCGGUGGCAAGCCGGAGGACCCUGUCUCAAAAGGAUAAGAGUUACUUAUUGGCCAGAGCAACACUUGGUUCUGAACCCUGGGUUCCCCUGCCAUGCUUGUUAGGACUUGCCAGAAGCAUCAUUAUGCUGUGCUGGGCCACAGGCCCCACAUGGUUCCCCAAUACACCACAGACAGACAGAUACCUCAGGCACGACAUUUGUCCUGUCACGUGGCCUGGUAGGAGAACCAUUUGUACUAAAGGCUGUCCCCGCCGGAGAACCUGCUCGGGGCCCACCCCAAAGCUGGUGGCCUUCUGGGUCAGUGAGCACGUGGGUUGGAGCAAGAUGCCCUAACAUGGCAUUUUUGCCUGGAAUUGGGUCUUUGUGGUAAGGGAUUCGAAAUGAAGUCACUUGUUCUACACUAUGGGGGAAAAUAUUCUGACCUAAUCAGACCCCUUCACCCCCAGGAACUUUAUCAAGACCUUUUUUUUUCACGUGAUUUGUCUCCCACCUCUGACUCACAUAUGUCUUCUCAAGGCACGUAGGGACACUGCUGACCUCCAGGCUCUAUCAGCGUGAUGCCAUCAGUGUGAGGGAAUGUGGUGGCGGUGAGGGCAGCGUCCCUGUGAGCCGGCUGAGCCACAGAGCUGGACGGCUGAGAUGUUCUGUACCUUUAAGCCAGGACAGCAGAGCAAUAUACCCCAGGCCAAGUGAAGAUGUUUCUGACGUUCUUUGUUCAUCAAAGUAGAAGAAAAACAUGAAUUCACUAGAUCAAAGGAUUCAUACCAAGUGCUGGAUGAACUUGCUUUAGCAGGAAGACCGUCUCUGGAACAGCACCUGCCAUUGGAGACGUCACUUUUUAAAACUUGAGGCAAUCCGGAGACCUCUCGGUGUUUUGCACUGGCCCAGCUGACCUGUGGUAGGCAUUGCUAUGACUUCCCCCUCAAGGUUUUGAUAGCUACACUAAUUUCUACAUUGCCCCUAGGAAUGCGGUCCUGCUUUCGAUUUACCGUUUUGGUAGAGAGGGGGAUUCCAAUGGCUUGUGCUUGUCCUGUCCUAUUCUGUUGCUCUCACCCCACACAUCAGAGCGCCAGUGUGGGAGUGAUGCCUAUUUCAAAAACAUAUCCAUUUCAUCUCUUCACUCAAAAUAAUCCUUGGUUGCCUUUGAGGUUCCAGUGUGUUUACUCUGGUGCAAAUUUGGUUUAGUAAUCAUCCCCAUUGGUUGACAGGUCGCAUACUUUUCUGUUGUCCCCAGAAAAUGGCCAUGGCUUGAAGCCAGUGUCUUACAGAACCCCUCUCCCCAUGUUUGGAUAUUUUCCCUUUCCUUGUCUAGUUCCCAGAUAAAUGGACACAGAUCCCUUUGGGGAAGGCCAAGGAAGGUUCGCAAUAUAUAUCUAAAUGUCAAAGUAAGGUUUCCCUUCCAAGAUGUUUGACUUGCUCUCCAUUGAAGGUCUGGAAAUUAGUAGGAGGUUUUGACGUGACCUUGGCAGCUUGAGACAGACCUGUCUGCCCAACCAGAAGUCUUUGGUUACGGUAACAACUAGGUGAUAUCUUAGGGACUGUCUGGUCUUUUUCAUUCCUGGGACCCGGUGAUCGAUUAGCCACAGCCAGGGGUCUGGCUUCCAUGCCCAUGACCAUUUUGAUGACUCAUCUACUUUGUUCCUUGUAUCUAUCUCUGCUGCUGAGAUCAGGAAGCUCGUUCUCACAGCAUCUCUUCCAACCAGCCUUCCAGACUAGAGAGGAAAGCCAGGAGCGCCUCACACAUGUAUUUCUCAUGGCAAGGAGCGAGACCAUCUGCUGGGGCCUGUCAGGGGACAGCGAGAGGGUGGAUGGGCUGGACGCAUGCAAGGGACCCAAUAAAGCAUUCUUGUUUCCUGACAUCUGUGAUUUCCUGCUUUCUCGGAUAUUUGGUCUUUUAAAAAAUAUAAUUCAGCAUGGCUCAA